AGGCCCGGGUGCGUGAGCGCGCGCGCCGUGCGUCCUUGUCCCGGGAGCGCGCGCGCCGGGCCGCCAGUCCCGUUCGUUGGGAAUCAGCCUAGAGCAGCCGGGAUUGGAGAACUUUGUGGCCCGCCAUGUUCUCCUUGGCGCUGCGGGCCUGGGCGGCUGGCCUCACCGCUCAGUGGGCUUAGUGUCUACUCUGCACCAGAAUUAAAAGCAUGCUGGAGGAAAUGCUGAUGUGCUUGGUGAAGGCUUGCUGAGUUCCUUCAGGCCUAGAUAAAGGGAAGACAUACAAGGAAUUUGCAUAAGACAGCUGUGCAAAAUGGGGCCGGAGGAGCCUUAUUUGUGCAUAGAGACACUCCUGAGAAUAACCCAGAUACCCCAUUUGAUUUCACACCAGAAAACUAUAAGAGGAUAGAGGCAAUAGUGAAAAACUACCCAGAAGGGCAUAAAGCAGCAGCUGUGCUUCCAGUCCUGGAUCUAGCCCAAAGGCAGAAUGGAUGGUUGCCCAUAUCUGCUAUGAACAAGGUGGCAGAAGUUUUACAAGUACCUCCAAUGAGAGUAUAUGAAGUAGCAACUUUUUAUACAAUGUAUAAUCGAAAGCCAGUUGGAAAGUACCACAUUCAGGUCUGCACUACUACACCUUGUAUGCUUCGAGAUUCUGACAGCAUAUUGGAGACCCUUCAAAGAAAGCUUGGAAUAAAGGUUGGAGAGACUACACCUGACAAACUCUUCACUCUUAUCGAAGUGGAGUGUUUAGGGGCCUGUGUAAAUGCACCAAUGGUUCAAAUAAAUGACAACUACUAUGAGGACCUAACACCCAAGGAUAUUGAAGAGAUUAUUGAUGAACUCAGAGCUGGGAAAGUUCCAAAACCUGGGCCAAGGAGUGGGCGUUUCUGUUGUGAGCCAGCUGGAGGCCUUACCUCUUUGACCGAACCACCCAAAGGACCUGGCUUUGGUGUGCAAGCAGGCCUUUAACUUAUACUCAGCUGUAAAAACUGUCACUGGAGAAAUAAAAUAUGAGCCUAUCUGCAAAUGCUUCAUACUGUUUGUUUCUCUUCACUAUACGGCUCGGCAGUAACCCAGCAACUUGCAGCUGUUAAGUAUUAUGUCAAAACAACAAAACAUCACCUUAGUCUACCUGUAAA